CUCCGACGCCCGAGCUUCUAGAGUGAGGGACGAUGGGGAUCAAUUGUCUCCAGGCUCUCUGCGGAAAAACCUCUCGUGAACUCACAAAGCUCAAGACUCUUCUCGGCCUCACAGUCUCCCGCCUCGCCCUUCUCCGCAACCAGCGCCAAACCCGUUGCGCUCAGGCCGAAGCCGACGUCGCCCACCUCCUCCUCCUCGGCCACCAAGACCGAGCCCUCCUCCGCGCGGAGAUGGUGAUCAAAGAGCGCAAUAUGCUCGACGUCCUCGCCAUGGUGGAGAGCUACUGCCACCUACUUACAGAGCGCGCAUUCCUCCUUCAUAACCAAAAGGAGUGUCCGGAUGAGCUGCGGGAGGCCGCUGCCGGGCUGGCGUUUGCUGCUUCACGGUGCGGCGACUUGCCGGAGCUGAGAGAGGUACGGCGCAUCUUCUCGGCUAGGUUCGGAAAGGAAUUCAUCACUGCUGCAGCUGAGUUGCGUAACAAUUGUGGUGUUAGUGGCAAGAUGGUGCAGAAGUUCUCAACGAGGCAGCCAAGCCUGGAAAUCAGGGCUAAAGUUACAAAAGAAAUAGCAAUUGAGAAAGGCAUCAAGGUGCAACUGGCCGAACCUACCCCAGAAACUGCAGAGGUGAAUCAGAACCCCAAGCCGCAGAGGAAGCAGAACCAGGGAAAAACAACAGUGGAGCCACCAAGCACUGCUUGUGAUCUUCAUGAGCUGCUGGGAGGUGAGAAGCUUGUAGUAAUGGCUCAGGAGAAGUACAAGGAUGCAGGGAGUGCCGCGCAGGCUGCCUUCGAGUCUGCAGCAUAUGCAGCGGCUGCUGCCAAGACUGCAGUGGAACUCUACCGAUCAGAGUCAGAGGGCAGAGAUUCCAGCAAUCCAGGAAAGCAUAAACAUAUCAGUCAUAUAAGUCAUAUAGAUAACUGCCUUCCUUCAGCUUCAUGCUGCAGAUCCAUAGACCUUGGUUGCAGGGCAAGUAAGGUGAGCUCUCUCCGAAUUGACCAGGAGAAGCCAAGAGGCAAAGAGAUUCUGAGUGAAAUUGAUGAGAGUGAUGAUGAUGAGGAGCUGAUAAGGCUUGCAUCCAAGGUAUUGGUACCAAUGAACAAAUCACACAGCUUUGCAGGACUGAGAGGUAAUGAUUUCAAAACUAAAAGACAGGUAGACUCUACCUUUACACUUUCCUCUCAGAAAAGAAACCAAGAUGGAGACGAAAAGGAUGAUUUUGAAGAGGUGAAUGAGAUGGCAAUCAUAACUGUGGAACCAUCAAAGAACAGUAAGCCUGGAAGAUAUGGUUCUGAGAAAAGGGAUGAGGCUAAAAAUGUUCAAUUGUCUCCUGGAGGGAACUUGGCUGCGCGCCAUUCUUUGUCGAGAGCGAGUUCCUUCUCUGUGAGGAGUCGAAGGUGACAAUGGAUAAUACCUGGCAGGAGAGCUGUUCAUGUAGAUGCGAUCAUGUUGAUCUGUUUGGUCUUUGUUUGUUCUACAGUGGGGAUCAAUGAUUAUAUGGGAGUUGGGAUAUUAUUAUGUGAUGAGAUUUUGUUUCAGUAAUAUAUUUGAUAUUUUGUUGUGCU